GCUGUCAUGAUGCAGCGGGGCGCGUACGGCGCGAGCAGAGCCGGUGGAGCCUUCGAGCCGCUCGCGUUCAUCCAGCAGCGGCACACCGGCCUCCGGAUCGUGUCCUGGCUCUUCUCGUUGGUGAUCUUCGGCUGUAUCGCUAACGAGGGCUACAUCAACAGGCCUGAUGAGGUCGAGCAGUUCUGCAUCUUUAACCGGAACCAGAACGCCUGUAACUACGCGGUCAGCAUGGGCUCGCUGGCCUUCCUCUGCUGCAUGGCCUUCCUGGCUUUAGACGCCUAUUUCCCUCAGAUCAGCAGCGUCAAAGAGCGCAAGAAAGCUGUGCUGGCCGAUGUGGGAACCUCAGGUAGAUCUUCACACAUGACCUGUAAUACUCAAGCCACUCAGGCCUUCCUAGCGUUUCAGAGGUAUAAGCUGGGUGCAGAUUCGGCUCUGUUCUUGCAGGACUACACCGACCCCAGCCAGGACGCCUGCACCGUGCCGUACAGCUCUUACAGCGCUGGAGACGCUCUGGAGAGUCCGGGAGGAACCGGGUCGUACCAGCAGAGCAGCGACGGCGUGUUUGAUGGGUCAGCGGGGUACCAGCGGCAGGAGUACUGA